AUGAGUUUUGCUGGUUUUGGGCAGAAUUUUAUUGGUGACGAACUGACAGGAGAAUAAAAGAAGGCUCAGGAUGGUUGGGAUAUCGAGGAUGAGGAUUUUCCUUCUGAUCAUGGAAAUUAAGAUCAGCAGUAAUAAUUAAACAAUUUUAGAGAUAAUCCAAAUUAAAAUUAAAAAAAGAAUGAUUGGGAAAUCGAUGAUGAUAUUGAUGAUCCCUUCUAAACACCAGCAGAAACCCAAUUGAAACAGGAAAAAUAAUCUUAAUUUUAAUAAGAUGAAUAAAAAUCCCCAGAAUAAGUAGAUAUGUGGGGAAAAAUUACAAGCACUGUCCAGUAGACUUAAACAAUUGAAAAACUUAUUAGAGAAAGUGCACCCUAAAAACUGAAGCAAACCUUUCAAAAUAUAUUUGGAUCCUAAAAUAGUGGAUCCAAUAAUAUUAUUAUUUCACCGGAGUAAACAUCAAAUAGCAAAGUAUUCGCAAGUCUUUAGUAGGUAAUCGAUAUGUAGAAACUAUUCGAACUUGAAAAGUAAGCAUUAUAAUAAUCUAGAUCUGAACUUGAAGACCAAAUGAAGUUAAGAAGAAUCUAAGAGCAAAAUGAAUUAAGAGAGCAAAAAGAGGAAUUAGAAAAUAAAAUAAAGCAAUUCCAAAUCGAGAAGGAAUAAUUCAAUCAACAAUUAAAGGAAGCCAAAUAAUUAUUUAAAUUGACUGAGCUCAUAGAGCCACAAGAUAAUCAUCAAGACAUUAUUUGUAAAUUGACCAAAGAAAAUGAAAACCUAAACAACGACAUCACUAAACUGAUAGAAACAUAAGAAAAAUAGAUCAAUGAUUAUGAAGACAAUAUCGAAUAAAUGUAGUAAGAGAUUGAGUAUUACAAAAAUCACUUCAUUAAAUACUAAUCGAAGUAUUAAAAUGCAAAAGAAAAGAUGAGAGUAGAGAUUCCCCAAAUCUAAAAUUAGCUAAUGACUAUUAAGAAAUUAGAACUAAACACUUUAGUUACAAAUAAACUGACAUAAUUCUAAAAAUACUAUAACACCAAACAACAGGACCUAUUGCAAUAUGCAUUAUAAACAACCUCUAAAUAAUCCAAACAAAUAAGUUCUCUUAAAGAGGAGAAUAUAAGAUUGAUGCAACAAGUUGAUGAAUUUGAUGAGUUAAAGGAAGAACAUUAAUCAAGUUUAUAUAUUAUAAAACAAUUGAGAGUCUCAGAGGAUAAACUAAUAGAAGAAAAUGAAAGAAUCUAAGCUCAGAAUGAGGAUAAGGAGAACCAGAUCUUGGAACUCUAAAAUUAAUUAAAUGAUUUGAGAAAUGAAAAUGAGAAAGAGAAAUUUAAUUUAAAUCAAUUCAUUACAUCUUUACAAUAAUAGAUAGACUAAUUCAAAAGAAACUCUGUUGACAAAUAGAGUAUUAAUAAGUUAGAAAAUCAGUUGGCACUUAUUCAAGAAGAAAAGCGAAAUUUAUUGAGUAGUUUAGAGAACAAAGAAGCACAAAUCAUAGUUUUGGAACAAUAAAUCUAAGAAUUAAAUGAAGAAUUGAUUAAGUAGUAGAAUGUAGAUUCGAAUGAUAUUUGGAAGUAAGAGGAUAAAGGUUGGGAAUUGGAUGAUUCUUUUUAAAGAAAAUAUGAUGAAUGUAAUUUAUGAAUUAAUGUAUUAGUGGAGUUAUAAAUGAUUCAAUAUAGAAAUGAAAAUCAUGAAUUAAAAUAUUAGCUCAAGGAAAUGGAGGUUCGAAUGCUCUAGUAAUAGCAUAAGUAAGAGGCUCAGGUUGAAUAGAUGCAUCAAUUAUAGAUGUGUUUAGUUGAUACAGAAUAUUAGAAGAACUUUUAAAAUGCAGUAUAGUAUAAAUUAAUCAAAAUUAUUAAGAUAAGAAAGAAUUUAAGAAUUAGAAGAACAAAUUUCAAUUGAAAAAAGAAAGUUUUCAGAUGAAGAAGAAAAGGUGAGUGAAUAAAAUUUAUAGCCAGAUGAAGAUUCCCAAAGAGCAAUUAAUUAAUUGAGAUAAAUCGAUUACGAGGAAAAUGCAGUAUAAAGAGAGGAUGGAGCUUGGGAAUUUGAAGAUAGUCUCAAUGUUGACAUCUAAGAAGUAAUCUUAUAAUAUUAUGUAUUUUAGUAAGAAAUUCUUAAUGAAGGAGCUGGUGAGUAUUAAAAUAUCUAAUUAGGCUAAGGACAAAAUGUAAAACAAGAUGAUUAUGAAAAAUAAGUCGAUGAAAGUUCUGAUUUUUAAGAUGAAAUAUAAUAGAAUGAUGAUUAUGUGUAGGAUGAUUCAAAAUAAAAUGAUCAAUCAGACAAUAAAAUCCAUUAAUAAAAUGAUGUAUCCGAAGAAUAAGAAGAUAAUUAAAAUGAAAUUGAAGAGAUUCAAUAAAAUAUAGAGAAGAAUUCAGAGGAACUCUCAGAAAGAGAAGGAUUAUUAUAAAAUUAUGAUGAAGAAGAUGAAGAAAAUUAUGAAAACCUUGAAGAAAAUUAAGAUCUUGAGAUAGAUUAGGAUCAUCAAUAGAAUGAAGAGUCAUAUGAUGAUGAAGUGUUGCCAGAAUAAGAGUCAUAACAAUCAUCCUAAGAUAAUCAAGUAGAAGUAUAAUAGAUGAAUGUAGAAUAAAAUAACCUGGAUGAUGAUAAUAAUUAAAAUGAAUAAGAAGAAGAAGAAGAAGACAGUUAAAAAUAAGAUGAAAUUUAAAAUGAGGAAGAGGAUUCUGAAUAUUAAAAUGUUGAAUAUGAAAGUUAAGAAAAUAAUGAUGAUUAAAAUAAAGAAGGCCCAGAGGAUUAAAUGUCAUCAAAUGAAUAAAUUGAAUCAUAAAAUUAAGAUUAAGAUGAAGAAUAAAAAGAAAAUGAUUUAAAUGAAGAAUUUAAUAAAAAUUAGGAAUUGGAGUAAGAAUAAGAAGAAGAAGAUUUUGAAGAAUAGCAAUUUAAUCAAAAUCAAAAACACUAUAUUGAUGAUGAAUAAAACAAUGAUGAUAAUCAAGAUCAAGAAGAAUAAGUUGAAAUUGAUAAUGAUUAGGAUGAAUAAGAAAUUAAUUCAGAUGAAUAACAUUAAGAAGAUCAAUAAAAUAUAUCUGACAAAAAUCCUUUAGGGGAAGAGUUGAAUUCAUAAGAGGGAGAUCAUGAACAAAAUGAUAAUGAAAAUGAACCCUCAUCAGAGAUUGAAGGAGAAGAGGAUCAAUUAGCCAAUCAAUAAUAAGUUGAUGAUAACACAGAAUUAUCAAAAUAGGAUCAAGUUGAAUAUGAAAAUACUGACAAGGACAUUAAUGUAAGUCAACAGGACGUUUAAAAUACUUUAUAAGAAGAAUCACUACAGCAAGUAAUAAAUAACAAUGAUGAAUUGGCUGCUGAAGAUAUCAAUACUUAAGAAAAUAACUAAAAUAAUGAAGAAGUUGAGAUAUAAAAUUAAAUCAAUAAGGAAUAAGAGUAGCUAGAAAUAUAAUAUUAGCUUGUAGUUGAACCAGUAAGUAAUUCGAAUUUUGAAAAUCAAGUAAAAGAAAAGAGUUUAGGUGAUUUGGAUGCACUAGAUACUCAUAUUCAUGAUGCUCAAUAGAAAGUUGUUAUUAAUUCUUCGAAUUAAUUAGAGAAUAAUUACAACAUCGAAGUAAAUUCUCAAAAGAAUGCUCCUUCUUCUUAAGAUCUUUCUCAUUCCUAUCAGGAUAUAGGUGUUUAAGAAGUUAUUUCAAAACCAGUUUUAUUUUCUGAUCCAAGGUCUUAGGAAAAGAGUGUAAAUGAUUAAGAGGAUGAAAUUUAAAAUGUCUAAGAACAUUAUGAGGUGGAAGUAAAGUUAAGCGAAUAACAAGUUAAAAAUUUAGAUGUUGAUGAGAAUGAGCAUCCAGAUGAAGAUGGAGGAAAUCAAUGGAAUGUGGAUGAUGAUAUUGAUUUUGACAAUGAAAUAGAAAAUCCGCAAGUGCAAGCAAAUGAGGAGAGCAAUAAAUAAAUUAUUGAAACGAAUAUUAAUAAUUCAUCGUAAAAUUAGAAAGAGAAUGGGGAAGAACAAUAGGAACCACUUGAAAAUUAGAAGGUAAACUAAUAAUUUGAAGAAGAAACUCCUGAUGUGUAAUUUGAUGACGAUCAAGAUAAUUAAGAAGUUAAUAAUAACCCACCCGUGAAAAAUGCGGAAAGGGUCAGUCAAGGUUAGUUGGAUUUUGAGGAUGAAUUAGAAGAAAUUGAUCCAUGGGCAGAGUAGUAAAAGUAAGGGGAGAAUGCAGAAUCAGGUUGGGAUUUAGAUGAUAUAUGA